CCACUUUUGCCACUCUCUUUUUCACUCACCCCCCUCCCUUUUCCUCUUUUUUCCCUCCCACCCCUUUCUUCUUAAAAGAAGAUACCCUUAAUAAAAAGAGCUUCACACCCCCUCUCCUUUCUCUCUCAUUUCCUCACACACACACACACACACACACACACACACACACACUACUCUUCUUUUUCUCUCUCUCCACCUCCACAACACACUCCUUUCUCCUCUUGCAUCUUUCUCCUUCUUUCUACAUGGGCUUCCAAAAGAAGCAGCAUCAAAGUGAAGCUAAUGGAGAGAAAGCCAUGUGGGUCAUUGCCGGAAUUCCGCUGAAAGCGCCGAUAUUGAAGCCUCUGAAGCCCCUCACUACUGCACCACAGCAUGAAGCAAAAGAGGAGGAGGAGGAGGAGGAGGAGGAUCUUCUUCUGCAGUUGACACCAAAGAAGGGUGCUAAAGUAUUGCAGCAGCAGGAGCAGGAGGUGUUGCUUUGCCCACCUGCUCCUAAGAAGGCAAGGCCUCCUUUGAGGUGUAGAUUGGAGGGGGUUGAGUUCUUUGAUGUGCCUGAGGAUUUGGCUUCUGUGUUCAUGGAGAGGAGGAGGAGCUAAUUAAUUGAGUAGUUUUAUUUAGUUAGUGUUAGGAGGUGUAGUCAAUUAGGAGAAUUAUAUAUAUAUAUCUAUGUGUGUGUGUGUGUGUGUGUGUGUAUAGAGUUGUAGAGAAUUAGUUGCAUGCAUGCAUGUGUAGUGGAAAUUGUAGUUUUAGUUUAAGUGAAGUGAUUGAAAUGGUUAAUUGUUGUAAUGGUUGUUUAGUUUAGUUUAGUUUUUUAUGAUUAAGAAGAUAUAUAUGAAAGGA